AUGACCGAUGUGAUCAGGUGCAUGCAUUGCCACUGCAAAACUCCGCUGGUGUCUGCCUAUAAACGGGGCAAGCACUACAGUUGCCCAGAUUGCAAUGCCGCACGGAUCGCUUUGCAGAAGCAUAUGAAAGAAAUCGGUCAGUGGGACCGAUGGCAACGAAUGAGUCAGGAUCAGAGAAAUGAGGAGAUCCGGCAAAACAAAGGCCGGUCGAAGGGCAAGGGGAAAAAAUUCGAGGUAGUGGUUUCCGAGAAGGUCAAGGUCAGCGAUUCCAUCUCCAUGGAAAAGAACAAGGAGUACGUAAAUCAGCGAGAAUUUCGCAAAGGCUGCAAAAACAGAUGGGGGCUGCGCGGAAAGGAGGCGGACAUGCGCUGGCAGGAUCUGCUCAGCGACGUGAACGUGCCCAAAAGCAAAGAUCAGAUGGGGUGGACGACCAUGCCGGUGCUCCACUGCUUCACGCAGAGAGGCACGAGGAAGCUGGAACACACCAAGGAGAUAGGCACAGACCAGCUUCGAGAAGUGGAUCGCUUCGCAGACUUCACGGAUGCAACGGUUUUGGAAGUGGAAGCGGCCACACAAGUCAAGAAGGGCGGCAAAAACAAACUACCGCCCAAGCGCAAGGGAGCCGGUGAGAUCAACCCGAAGGACGUCUUGGAGGAUGAGCCAAACAGGAAGCGUCCACGCCACAAGGACGCGGAGAAAGAUGUUGCCCGCAUUGGAGCUUUGCGAAGCCGUCGGUCGGCUGUGGACCAGACAGUGGGCAGCUCAGUGAGUGGGGUGCAGGGCGUGCUUAACGGGGCUGGGUGGAUGGACGAGUGGUUCCCCGUCAAACGAAUGGGCGACAUCCUGAAGGAUACUGCCGAGCUCGUGUAUAUGGUGACUGAGAAGCCGGAGUUUGCCAAAGAACUGGAAAUGUAUCUGAACCUCAUCGCGAAAUCGGCCUGGCGUUUGUUUGCUGCGGUUCCUUCGGAGGUCAAGGAUCAGGAGAGCAGUGUGCACAAGGAGAUGAUGGCUCGAGUCGACGCUGUGGGGUCUGAGGAAGCAGUCCGUGGUGUUGAAGCGAGCCCGCUCACCAAAACCACUUUGGAGAAGGCCUUCAAUAACGAUGACGACUUGGACCCGAAGGCCGUGAAGGCCUGGGAAAGAUCCGUGAAGGCACUGUUUGCAGCAUUGGAAGUGGCAACCUUCGCUUGUGCCGCGGCAGAGGAGCAGGAGGAAGACGAGGCAGGUGCCACGGCAGAGGAGGCGGAGGAAGACGAGGCGGCCAAGGCGGCCGGCGCUUUGGGCGAUGGAAGUGGUGGAGGCGAUGCCGACGAGUCUUUGCACACCAGUGAGAACUACAAGCUCACGUGGCCCGUGAUGGAGGCCAUGGGAUCAAAGUUCAGCCACCUGCGAGACAGCGUGACCUUGAUCGGCGCCGCCACAGACUUGACCCAACUGGACAUGAACGACGUCCCCGUUCCCGUGCUCUACGAUGGCUGGACGGCCCACUUGCCGCAGCCUCUGUUGGAGGAGUUCCACACCUUCAUAGAGCAUAAGAACCCCCUUCCGCCGAUGUCUCGCACGAAGCUGCAGUGCAGGGGAACGAUGCGGCUGGAGUCUUUACUCCGGUCCGAUCAGACCACCCCGGCAAGCGCGGAAUCAUCGGAUUGGGAUUUGGUGUCCAGUGCCUUUUGGGGCGCAUGGGAGUUCAACAAGUACGGAGAAAGCUUUUUCAGCAAGGUCAACAAUGACCUGACUGCUGAUGUCAGGAAGAAGCUACAGGCCGAACGCCUUUUCCAGCAACGUUGGCAAUGCAUUCGGGAAGGUCAUGUUUUCAAAGGAAUCAAUGAGAUGCUCUUGCCGCGCAUGGUGGCCUGCAUCACAGGAACCAGGUUCAUUUGCGGUGCGCCGCUGCAGGACCUGUGCCAGCAUCUCAGCGAGAAGUUGGGCGAUGACUGGGCAGGAAGCUUCCUGCAGCUGUGCGACCAGCUGCCCCAGUUGUCAGCGCAAGAGCUUGGCGAUGUGGGUGGGUUUUUCGUGGUCUUGAAGGAGAAGCAGAUGAUCGAGAUUCCCGCAGGGUAUGUCUUUGCCGAAGCACCCCUUACACCAGCCAGCGUCGGCAGCUACUGGUCCGUGCUUCGCCGCGGGUGCAGUGCGGGAGUUCUCAGGGACGCUGGCUUUUCGCUCGGCGAUAUGAUCGAGCUUGAUCUGCAGAAGCACAGGCAAGGGAACGAGGAAUUCCUGGACCGGGUGCAUGCACAGGUUCAGGCUGUGCCGACUUUUGUCGGCUGGGCGAUUUUCAGAGGCAACCUAGCCUCUGAAAAAGGCGAGGAACGCCCAGAUGCAGAAGAGCCGGUAACGAAGGCUGUGACUGCCGAAGUGAAGCAGCCAGCGCAGCUGGCGCUGGCAAAUCAGGCCUUUGUUAAUGACGAGCUCGACAUGCAUGCCGAGGGCGAGGUGUCUGCAGCGAAUCCCGACUCAGUGCCUACGACGAUCGAUUACGCAGCGACACAGAGUGCUGCUCAAGAUGCGGGGUCGACUCCUAGCGCGGUGCCCGCGGAAGUGAGUCCCGAAGUGAAUGCUGAGAUGCGCGAGGGUGCGACGCUCCUGCUUGAGCAUUUGGAAAAGGUGUACAAGCCCGACGUCGACAGGAACACCUUCCUUGGCAAGUCCAUCCGUGAUGCAGCCGGUGUGCAGUUUAUCGACGUCAGGACAGGUGUUGCCGCUCUGCAGGGUAUGAUCAGCGCCGAACCGGGGACAGCACCGCUGCAGCCCAAGCGCGAGCCCAACCUGGAAGCAGAUGAUGCGCCAACCAUGGUCGACCUGACUGAUUCGCCUUCUCCGGCAGGCCCACCAGACCUCGAGCCAGGACCGACAGUGACAGCAGCAGCACCCAGUUGCCCGAGUUCGCCUGCCGCUUCCCAGUCCAAUCGGAGGCUGCGAGGGAAGACUCCAAAUCAGUUUGACGAGGCGGCCCUGGCCAUUAUGGAGAUGCGUGACCGAAUCUCGAAGACGGUGGCAGAGAAAUCCUUGCAGGAAGCGGCCAAGCCGGGACACACAGGGCCCAAAGUGAAGUCCGAGGCCCCACAUGAGCGUGGACGUGGACGUGGCGGACGUGGACGUGGACUUCACGCGCCAAAGGCGGCGGCGAAGCAGAAGUCAAAGCAGACCGAGGCGAAAAACCCAAGGCGAUCCCGGAGGGUGGCCGCAGCUAAGGCGAAAGUAGCAUCCGCUGCUGUGCUGGCGGACGACAACUCGUCGGAUGCAACCGAUGAGGAUGACGACUACAACAAUCCUGAGCACAGUCCCAAGCGAUGCAGGGGAGGUCGCUGA